AUGUCAGGAAAAUGGCACAACAAAAUUCGCCAGCUGCACGAACAAUACGGGCCGGUCAUCCGCAUCGGACCUGACGAACUCUCCUACGCCACACCGGACGCCUGGGAUGACAUUUACGGACGCUACGUCCCGGCGCGGCGGAAAGAAAACCCAAAGCCCGCGUGGUACUGCUCCCCCGACGCGCACGACAUGGUUGGGGCGAACCUGGGCGACCACGGUAGGAUGCGCAAGGUCAUGGGCCCCGGCUUCACGUACGGUGCCAUGUGCAGGCAGGAGCCGCUGAUCAGGGAGCACGUGGACCUGUUCCUGUCGCGGCUGCACGAGCUGGCGGACGGGGACGGCGCCGUGGUCAACAUGCUCGACUGGUUCACGUACUGCACGUUUGACCUGAUCGGAGACCUGGCCUUCGGCGAGCCCUUUGGUUGUUUGAAAAACAGCAUGCUCCACCCCUGGCUGCAGCUCGUCUUUGCAAACAUCUACGUCACGCACAUCCUGAUGCUCUGCAAGCGUCUGCCGGUUUUUUGCGUCUUCCUGCCCAUCAAGACGACGGUCCAGCUCUACCGCGACUUCAAGCGGCACGUCGUCCUGCUCCGGGAGGUUGUCGACCGCCGCAUCGCGCGCACCACGCAGCGAGACGACUUCAUGGACGUCAUGACGAGCAGCAGCAGCAAGAGUCUGUACAUGACCAAGGAGGAGGUUUUCAAAAAUGCAAUCCUUCUGACCGGUGGCGGCGCCGAGACCACGAGUGGCAGCCUGACGGGCAUGGCUUACCACCUGGCCACGAGACCCGAUGUCAAGGCCAAGGUGGUGACGGAGCUGCGGGAGGUGUUCAAGACCGAGGAAGAUAUCAACAUGCGCAGCGUGGCGGCGCUGGAUUACACCGGGGCGUUUAUCGAGGAGGCAAUGCGGUAUUAUCCCCCUGGUCCGAAUGCCAUGUGGAGAAUUACACCGGAAGGGGGGAACACAAUUCUAGGGGAAACUAUUCCAGAGAAGACUGUAUUGGGAAUACCGCACCGCGUGCUAUACCGAUCCUCACGCUACUGGUACAAGGCUGAUGAGUUCCACCCGGAGCGAUGGCUGCCUGAGGGCCGGCGGCCGGUCGAGUUUGAUAGUGAUCGGCGGGAUGGGUUCCAACCGUUCUCGUACGGACCUCGAGCCUGUAUUGCCAAAAAUCUUGCUUACGCCGAAAUGCGCUAUAUACUCGCCCGGUUUCUUUGGCACUUUGAUGUUGAAAUCACAGAGGAGAGCAAGGGCUGGAUGGAUAACCAAAAGGCUUAUUUGGUAUGGGAUAAACCCGGGUUGUGGUUAAAGUUAAAGGCUUUGGAUGUGGAUUCGAAAGCCCAGUAA